AUGGUCAAGUAUAUCCUCGCCGUGAGCCUUUGGGCUACGGCCUCUCUCGCCACCGCCGGACGGUCCACCCUGCCCAUUGGCCUCGAGACCCGGACCGAGCUUGGUUCCCGUCUGGCAAACGUCCACGUUAGCCGUCGUCAGCCCGUCAACGGCACCGUCACCUAUACUUACGGCUCCUGCAACUCCAACUCGCAGCCCGAGGCGCACCACACCAUUGCCCAGUCUGACGAUGCCGACGCCUCCCGUCUAGUCUGGAUCAUCCCCGAAGAGGCCACUGAGGACGGCUGUAUUGCCGCCUGGAGUGACUCGGGAAAGCUUGUGGGCCGUAGCAGGCCGCAGAGGCUUCAGAGCGAGUCCAUCGCCAUGAACAAUGCCAGCGGCAUUGAUGCCUCUGGUCCGUGGUUCGAUGGCGUCGCCCUCCUCAAGAACAAGGAGCCCAUCCCUGUCAACGUGGCCAAGGCCAAGAAGAAGGACAUUGGAAUCGUCGGCGCCGGCAUGUCCGGUCUGAUGACGUUCCUCGUCUUGCACCAGGCCGGCCUAGAGAACAUCCACAUCGUCGAGGCGGGUAACCGUCUUGGCGGUCGCGUCCACACCGAAUAUCUGUCUGGCGGGCCGUUUGACUACUCGUAUCAGGAGAUGGGCCCGAUGCGCUUUCCUCACACGUGGAUCAAUCCAGAGACCAACAAGUCGCAUGACAUCAACGACCAGAAGCUCGUCUUCUCGCUGGCAGACGAGAUGAACCGCAUCAACAAGCACGACAGGAACCUGAGUGUCGACUUCAUCGAAUGGAUCCAGACCAACGAGAACGGCCUGUACUACUACGAUGAGUUCAAACUCCCGACCAACCUGCCGCCCACGCAGGCCCAGGUGGCGGCCAACUCAUCACUGGCCGAGACCUCCGUCCUGGACGCGUCGACGGAGAAGCUCCAGGCCGAGGUUGACAGCAUCAUCCCCGGCCCGGAAUUCCUCCAGCAGAUUGCCGCCAACAUCUUCAAGGCGCACAAGUCGUGGGUAGACUCUGGCCUGGGCGGCCUAGGCGGCGAUCAGUGGUCCGAAUUCGCCUUCAUGGUCAAUCACCUGCACGCGAGCCUCAAUAGCACGGACCAGCUGGGCGCCACGGCCGUGGGGUGGUGGGACGACCUGUACGAGGGCCUGUACUUUGACAGCAGCACGUGGAAGACAAUUGACGGCGGGCUGAACCGGCUCCCGCUGUCGUUCCACCCGCUCGUGGACCCCGUCACCACCUUGGAGCGCAAGAUCGAGCGCGUGCGCUUCGAGACGAACGACUCCGUCACGCUGCAGUGGCGCCACAACUACACUGACAGCGAGUUCCAGAACUCGACCUACGACUACGUGGUAGUGUCGGCUCCCUUCAGUGCCGUCCGCCAGUGGCGCCUUCCCCACCUCCCCGCCACCAUUACCAACGCCAUCGCCAACCUCCCGUACAGCCCGGCCUGCAAGGUCGCCCUCGAGUACAGCGAGCGCUUCUGGGAGCACUACGAGAACCCCAUCCACGGCAGCUGCAGCACCGUCACAGACAUCCCCCUCAUCGGCUCCAUCUGCUACCCUUCCUACAACCUCAACGCCACCGGCCCCGCCUCCAUCCUCGGUAGCUACAUCAGCGGCGACACCAUAGCCUCCACCCUCAGCAGUAUGUCCGAGGCCGAGCACGUCCAGUACGUCCUCGAUGCCAUGUCCGAGAUCCACGGAGAGCACACCCGCGAACUGUACACCGGCAACUAUAACCGCCGCUGCUGGAACCUCGACCCCCUCGAGAUGGCCGGUUGGGUCAGUCCUACUAUUGGCCAACACCAGCUGUACAUUCCCGAGUACUUUAAGACGUACAAUAACAUGAUCUUUGUUGGCGAGCACACCUCUUACACGCAUGCUUGGAUUGCCUCGGCUCUCGAGUCGGGUAUCCGUGGCAGCAUCCAGCUUCUCCUUGAGCUUGGUCUGGUCGACGAGGCCAAGGCUGCUAACGAAAAGUGGAUGGGUCGCUUUAUCCAAGUGGUAUGUUGA